CGCGCCGCGCAUCGCCUGUGCCGCUCCCGUUACCGAGGCAACCGCGGCGCCGAGUCCGCGCCGGCUGGGAUCGUCUCUCGGCGCCAUUUUCAAACUGUCCUAGCGCCGGUGCCGGAGUCUGGGGCGGAAGGAGCCAGCGAGGGAGGCGACGCGCGAAGGGCGAUGCGGCCGCAGGCGGAGGAAGCGGCGGCUGGAGCUGGGGGACUUUAAUUUUGGGGAGUGAAUAAAACUAGUUUUGGAAGACAAGAUGACUGCAGCUGCAGAAAGAAAGUACAUUAAUAUUAGAAAAAGAUUGGAUCAGUUGGGAUACCGCCAGACUCUGACAGUGGAGUGUUUACCAUUGGUAGAAAAACUUUUCAGUGACCUAGUUCAUACAACAGAAAGUCUUCGGAAAUCAAAAUUAUCUACUGUGAAAGCUGAAAAAGAAAGUGCCAAUUUUGAUUUUGUUUUGGAACCUUAUAAACUUGAAAAUGCAAGAUUGAUCAAGGAAAAUAAUGAAUUAUACCUGGAAUUAAUGAAACUGAGAGAACAAUCAGGUCAACACAUUAAAGAGUUGAAAACUACGUUGAAGAAGUGUGCACGUGAAACAGCUGAUCUGAAAUUUCUAAAUAACCAAUAUGUUCAUAAACUCAAACUUUUGGAGAAAGAGAGCAAAGCUAAGAAUGAAAGAAUUCAACAACUUCAAGAAAAGAAUUUGCAUGCUGUAGUACAAACUCCAGGUGACUUUAUGUUCGGUAGUUCUGUAGCAAGAGAAAAGAAAGGAAGGGUCAUAUCCAGAGUUAAGGGUGGUCAAGGCAUAAAGUUGGUGGAAGAAUCUCCAGUACCAGUGACAAGAUCGUCAAGAUGUCUGAAUUAUGGGCUGAAGAUAAUGGGAUUAUACAUGUGUUUCAGAAUUCAAGAACUGCAGCUGGAAGUCCACCAGUUACAAGAAAAGUUAGCAAUGAUGGAAAGUGGACUGAGAGAUUAUACGGAGCAGAUUGAGCUAAGAGAACGAGAGAUAGAACGACUAUCAGUAGCAUUGGACAGUGGCCGUUCCCCUGAUAUUCUCUCCCUGGAGACUAGAAAUAAAACCAAUGAAAAACUUAUUGCUCAUUUAAAUAUUCAGGUUGACUUUCUUCAGCGAGCUAAUAAAGACCUGGAGAAGCAUAUACAGGAGCUUAUGGAAACCAAGGAAACAGUGACUACUGAAGUUGUUAAUCUAAGUAACAAAAAUGAAAAACUCUGCCAGGAAUUAACUGAAAUAGAUCAGUUAGCACAGCAGUUAGAGAGACAUAAAGAAGAAGUGCUUGAGACUGCCGAUAAAGAACUUGAGGAAGCAAAGAAAGAGAUUAAAAGAAAGCUUUCUGAAAUGCGGGAUCUUGAAGAAACAAUGGCAAAACUUCAACUGGAAUUAAACUUAUGCCAUAAAGAAAAGGAGAGACUGAGUGAUGAACUACUUAUAAAGUCAGACCUGGAAACUGUUGUUCAUCAGCUUGAACAAGAAAAGCAAAGACUUAACAAAAAAAUGGAAAGUUUUGCAGUUACAGAAAGAGAACUUACUCUGGAAGUUGAAAGGAUGAGGCUAGAACAUGGAAUAAAACGUCGAGACAAGUCACCCUCUCGUUUAGAUACAUUUCUGAAAGGUAUAGAAGAAGAACGAGAUUUUUAUAAGAAAGAACUAGAAAGACUCCAACAUAUAAUACAGCGAAGAUCUUGCUCUAUAAAUUAUUCUACACGUGAAAAAAUUCCAAUAUUUAAAACACUAGAAAAGGGUGAUUACAACUCAGAAAUUCAUCUGAUCACAAGAGAAAGAGAUGAACUUCAGCGUAUGCUGGAAAGAUUUGAAAAACAUAUGGAGGACAUACAGUCCAAUGUUAAAUUAUUGACAGCAGAAAGAGAUAAACUAAGUGUCUUAUAUAAUGAAGCUCAGGAACAGUUAUGUGCACUAAGACAAGAGUCUACCAAAACCACAGUCUCCCAUAAUAUUGUGAGUCUUAUGGAAAAAGAAAAAGAACUUGCAUUAUCUGACUUAAGAAGGAUUAUGUCAGAAAAAGAAGCUUUAAAAGAAAAGUUAAAAGAACUCCAGGAAAUGAGUAUUUUUGAAAAAUCAAAAUUAGAGAAAACUAUUGAACAUUUGACAUGUAUUAACCAUCAGCUUGAAGAUGAAAAAUGUGAUUUAAAGUCUAAAGUGUUAAUAAUGAAAGAAACAGUAGAGUCAUUAGAGAACAAAGCAAAACUCCAAGCUCAAAAACUUAGCCAUGUGGCUGGUGACUCAUCUCAUCGGAAGACAGAGAUGAACUCGCUUAGGAUAGUAAAUGAGCAGCUACAGAGGUCACUUGAUGAUUGUCAGCACCGGCUGUCCAAGAAAAGAGGUGAACUUGAAUCAGCCCAAGCCCAAAUUAACAUACUGGAGGAAAAAAUAGGUAAACUGCACCUUCAGAUGACUUCGCAGAAUGAAGAGGCUCAUGUGAUGAAAAAGACCAUUGGUGUUAUUGACAAAGAAAAAGACUUUCUUCAGGAGACUGUAGAUGAGAAGACAGAAAAGAUUGCAAACUUGCAAGAAAACCUGGCUAGUAAAGAAAAAGCUAUUGCUCAGAUGAAGAAGACAGUCUCAGAGUAUGAAUCUUCUAUGAACCAGCUAAAGGAAACAUUGACGAAUCGGGACCGAGAAAUAAGCAGCCUCCGGCGCCAGCUUGAUGCAGCUCACAAAGAACUUGAUGAGGUAGGAAAAUCUAAAGAAAUGUCUUUCAAGGAAAACAGAAGAUUACAAGAUGAUCUGGCUACAAUGGCAAGAGAAAACCAGGAAAUCUCACUGGAAUUGGAAGCAGCAGUGCAAGAAAAAGAAGAAAUGAAGAGUAGAGUUCAUAAUUACAUAACUGAGGUGUCACGAUGGGAGAGCUUAAUGGCUGCUAAGGAAAAGGAAAAUCAAGAUUUGUUAGAUAGAUUUCAGAUGCUUCAUAACCGUGCUGAAGACUGGGAGGUCAAAGCCCAUCAAGCUGAGGGAGAAAGCAGCUCAGUUCGACUGGAACUUCUUUCUAUUGACACAGAGAGGAGACACCUUCGAGAAAGGGUGGAGCUAUUAGAAAAAGAAAUUCAGGAGCACAUAAAUGCACAUCAUGCUUAUGAAUCUCAGAUCUCAUCAAUGGCAAAAGCCAUGUCUAGAUUAGAAGAAGAGCUGAGACAUCAAGAAGAUGCAAAAGCGGCGGUGUUGAAUGAUCUGUCGUCUCUUAGAGAACUUUGCAUUAAGCUUGAUUCAGGCAAAGAUAUUAUGACCCAACAACUGAAUUCCAAAAGCCUGGAGUUAGAGAGGGUCAUGGCAGAAUUAGAAAAUGCAAAAUCAGAAGCAGAACUGUUAAAAAAACAACUGUCAAGUGAGAGACAUACAAUUAAAAACCUUGAAUCAUUGUUGGCUACAAAUAGAGAUAAGGAAUUUCAUUCUCAUUUAACAUCCCACGAGAAGGAUACAGAAAUUCAGCUACUUAAAGAGAAGUUAACCCUUUCAGAAAGUAAAUUAACUAGUCAAGGCCGGGAAAACACCAUGCUUCGGGCUAAAGUGACACAAUUACAAACCGAUCACGAUGCUCUGAAAAGGCAGAUUUCAACUGAAAGAUACGAACGAGAACGAGCAAUCCAAGAGAUGCGUCGCCAUGGUCUUCCCACACCACCCCUUUGUUCUACUCUGAGGUCUCCUUUACAUUCUCCUGAACAUAUAAACUGUUAAUUAUCAGAAGAAUGAUGGCUAUCAAUGAGUUAGCUAUAUGGAUUUUUUAAAGGACGGAACAGUAAUGAAAUAUUUGAAGUACUUGUUCCUGAAAAUCAUGAACAUUGACACAAAUUCUACCUCUGUCAACUUUUAUUUAGAUCAGUGAAUAUUUAUGUAAAAAAUUUGGUUUAAAAGAGCCAUAUCUAUGUGUAUAUUUUUAUAUAUAUGACAGAACAAAAUAUGUAUUAAUAGUGCUAAUGUUCUAUCUGUAUUUAUACUAUUCCUGACUUAAAUUACUCCUCAAAGUGUGUGUUUAUACUGUGAAUUAAUAUAAUGUAUUGUUCACAUUAUGCUUUAAUAAUCUUUUUCAUAAUGUGUAUAUAAAUAUUCUUACAGUACUUCUAACAAAGUGUUUUUAGUUUUCAUGCCUGUGUUUAUAACCUAUAUCUUUAAUGCAUUCACAUAAGGAUUAUCAACUUUGAUGCUAUGCUCUCUCACUUAACUUUUUUCUUCUAAAUGUAAAAUUAUUCACCAGUAUGUUGUCUGUCAUCAAGGGUAAUAUAUUCAGGUCUAUUCUUAAAAUAGUAGAGGUCUUGAUAAAAUAAUGAUUACCAUAUGUAGUUUGUUAUUGCUCACUUGAAGAACUGUGAUGGAAAAGAUGCAUUUAUAUAUUAUAAACAGUAUAUUAUUUUGGUUAUCACAUGGACUUUUCAUAUAAUACAGAUUCUAUCAAAAUCAAACUAAAAGCUGCAUUCAGAAUUUUGUAAGACAGUAGAACAGAAAUUUGGGACACUUUUUCAGUAAAUAAAAUUUCUCCCUGUAUUAA